AUGUACUUCACAAGAUCAAUUGUGCUGGCCUUUGCGGCCCUGCAAUCUGUUACUGUCGCUCUGACACCUGGAUCCAAUCAACCGGAAUAUUCUAUCUCAAGAAGCGCAACAGUGCCUAAGACCCAUAAGAUAUGUUCAGUUAAAGCAGGUCUCUCUAACGGCACAGACGAUGCCCCAGCAAUCCGCAAAGCCUUCGAGAAGUGUGGACAGGGUGGCAAGGUUAUUUUCGAACCCACCACAUAUCAUAUCAACUCCGUAUUAAAUAUUAGUGGACUACAGGAUGUGGACAUUGACAUCUAUGGAGAACUAUUAUGGGAUACCAACAUCACCUACUGGCUACAAAACUCGCUGCCAAUCAACUUCCAAAACCAGUCAACGGCAUUCAUGCUGGGUGGAAAUAACGUUCGUAUUAAUGGAUACAACCAAGGAACAUUCGACGGCAAUGGGGACGAGUGGUACAAAUUCAUUCGAGCACAGCCAAACACGUCAAACUAUCCGGGUCGACCCCAUGCCAUCACCUUCAACGAUUUGACCAACUCCGUAGUCCGUGGGUUAAGAUUCCUUCGAAGUCAAAUGUGGACAAUGUCGAUUAUUCAUUGCCAUCGAGUUGAGUUCCAUAAUAUUUUUAUCAACAACACAGGAAAUACCUAUCAGAGUUCCAACACCGACGGCGCCGACACGAUCGAUUCGUCCCACAUCACAAUGAACAAUUGGACUGUAUGGAAUGGUGAUGAUAGCAUCGCCCUGAAAGGCAAUAGCACUAAUAUCACUAUUACUAAUUCACACUUCUACAACGGUCUUGGUGUUGCCGUCGGUAGUCUCGGCCAGUACUACGGCGAAAGAGAGGUAGUGGAAAAUUUCAGGGGAAGCAAUCUCACGUUUGAAAACACACUACAUGCAUUUUACUUUAAAACCUGGACUGGUGAUCGCAACGGAUACCCGCCCAACGGAGGUGGCGGUGGGAUAGCCACUGUCAGAGACCUCUUGAUGGAGAAUAUCAAAGCGUAUGGUCUACGCGGUGGCGCUGUCACGAUUUCUCAGUGUACUAGAUUUUCUGGUGCACCCGGAUCUGGCAACUGUACUAAUUCCGAAUCCCAAAUCAGUCGCGUUAUCGUCAAUGGUCUUGUUGGCACCACAAAGGACCCUAGGGUUGCAAGCUUUCAGUGCAGCGCGGUAAAGCCAUGCACUGAUAUAGCUCUGCUCAAUGUCGAUCUACGGAUAAAUAGCACCACUGAAGUCGACCAGUAUCUCUGUGGUAAUGUUGCCAACCCGCAAGGUUUCAAAUGCACUGGUGCUCCUUGUGUAGGCGGCAGCUCUACUGGUGGCUGCUAG